AUGUUUGUCAUUGCAGCGGUCGUAGCUCUUUCCUCACUAUGUUCAGCGUCCUCUGAAUUGACUGUUCUUGACACCCCUCGCGUUCAUGACCUGAAGCAGCCGUUGCAACACGUGGCUUUUGGAUCGUGCAACGAUCAAAGCUUGCCGCAGCCUUUGUGGCCUACCAUUGCAGCGCAUAAGCCCGAUCUCUGGAUCUGGAUGGGCGACAAUAUUUACGCUGAUAUAAAGGAAGUGGGCGAGCCACGUCCGUUGUCCAUUUCACCACGCAAAACGUUCAUAGAGGCUCAACGUGAAGACCUUAUUCGGCGAUACAAAAGUCUUUACAUUAAGCUCAUGGCCAAUAAAGACUACCAGACGUUCGUCAGUCGCACGCCAAUCAUUGGCAUUUGGGACGACCAUGACUAUGGUACUAAUAAUGGUGACAAGCUUUACUCGAACCGAGACGAGAGUCAACAGGUGUUUCUGGAUUUCAUCGGAGAGCCCAAAGAUUCACCUCGUCGCAAGCAAAAGGGUGUCUACACGUCGUACACCAUCGGAUCUGAUGAGCAAACUGUAAAGUUUAUCCUCGUCGACAACCGGUAUCACCGUGACUCAUAUGGCACGAAAAACGGCACCCUUCUCGGAAAAACCCAGUGGGAGUGGCUUGAAAACGAGCUGAUGACAUCCACGGCAGCCUUCAAUGUGAUCGUGUCAGGAGUUCAGAUUCUUCCGGAUGACCGUUAUUCGAUUGCUGAGUGCUGGGGCCGCUUCCCGAAUGAACGCGAGCGGUUGCUGAAGUUGAUUCUGGCCUCGAACGCAAAAGGCGUAAUUCUGCUUAGUGGCGAUGUGCACUGCUCUGAGAUUAACCAAGUUGUGUGUUCCAACGGAGUGAACAAAAUCACGGAAAUCACUAGCUCCGGACUGACCCACAGCUGGAUGGAAUUCCGCUUGCCAUCGAUGAAGCAUAUCAUGGCCUUGUUGUUUACUUUUGCCAACUUUGUGCUGCCGUGGGAGUUUCGUCCGACGCAAAACUCGUUUUAUGGCCAUCUUAACUGGGGCUCUAUCGAUUUCGAUUGGCAGCACAAGCCACACCCUAUCGCAACGGUGAAAACCCGUGGUGCAGAUGAUCAAGUAAAGCUCCAGUACAGUUUCGAGUCGACGCCCUUCUACUCAAGCUCCCCCGAGCAAGAUGCCAGCGAGUGCCAAGCCCCGCGCUUGAUUCCGAACUGGCAACACUUUGUUUGGAACGGUCUCUUCGUCGGCGUGGUCGGUGCUUUCCUGCUUUGCAUCCCAUUGAACGUGUUUGUUCUUCUCUGGCUUGUAUGGUCAUUCGCUAAAAAGACCUACGCGAUGGCUUUCCAUGGUGUAUCAAAGAAACAAAUCGACAGCAAGAAGAAGGUGUAA